AUGGCCCUGCCCAACCUGCGCCGGAUCUUCAGCUCCUCGAGGACCGACGACCAGGAGCGCGCCGUGUCCCGCCAGGCCUUCUUCCGCUGCCUCUCAUUUAUCGCCUCCUGCGCCGUCAUCGCGCUCCUCAGCAGCCCAAAGAGGCGCGGCGCAAUCGGGCUAUAG